AUGAGUACUCCUAGUCAUUCUGACAAUCGAGUCACAUAUGCCGAUGUCGCCCUACGAUCUCAAGUCGUAGUGGACUUUCACCUGGCUACUAAAGAGAUUAGUCAACUUAGGGAAAUACCAACUUCCGAUCAAUCGGGGAAUACCAAACCCAGAGAGGGGAGUUUGACGGAGGCCAAGGACUUUCAAGAUGAUUCACGGCCUCAAACCGAAUGGGGAGGCAAAAUUAAAUGGACGAAUCUUGUCGAUGGGGCUUUUAUAAGAGGUAAACAAGGAUCCGAAGCUUUGAAAGAUUUCAGAACAGCCACGACCAAAGCUCACAGGAAUUUCCUGGGCAAGCACGUCAAUGAGGCUCGAAGGGAUUGGACUGCUCUGGACGCAAACCCCACGAUAGGAACUUGGUUCGAUACCUAUUCCUCAACGUAUUUUGGGAGAUAUCCACGUGAGGAAAAUACUGAAAACAAAGCUGAGUGUCAUAGAUUGAACAGUGACUAUGUCACGCAAGCUGAAUUGACCAAUCAGACGUGGGGUGAGUGGUUAGUGGAAGAUCUCUGUCAUUCAUCAGAGGAAGCGAACUAUUCUAGCUUUGGUGUACUCAAUCCCAACACGCAUAAUUGGCCUCUGAUCAAAUCGAUCAAACCAGACGGGACCGACUGA